AUAAAAAUUAAAAAACAAAAAAAAAAAAAAAAAAUAUAUAAAUCAAAAGGACGAAGGUGAAAAAGGUUGUUUAUCUAUAAAUAAAUAAAUUCGAAAACCUAAAAUUGGAAAUCUAAUUAGAAUUACAAAUUUGAAGUGGAAUAUUUAUAAACCACUGAAAUAUAUCGCUACCCAAAAACAAGGAUUAAGCCGACACUCUGUCAAAAAAAAAAAAAAAAUUAAAAUAUUAAAAAUUACAAAACAAACUAACAACGGGUCCAAAAAAUAAUUUUGCAAUUUUUUUUCGAAAUAAUCACGGUGUGUUUUUAUUCUUGUGUUCCCCGAUAGCCCCACUACCGCGCGCGUUCCCCUGAGAGUGUGUUGUGUUUGUCAAGAAUACCAUCGUCAUCGUAUCUGCGCUGCUGUAAUCUUAUCGGCAAUUCUUUAAACAAAUACCCCCCAUUUCCCACCUUUUGCAAAACGCUCUUCAAAAAAAAAUUGCCCUCAAAAAAUACGAAAUAAGUUCUAUAGUAGUGCUCACUCCAUGUUUACUCAAAUAAAAGCGUUUUUAUGUGUCCCAAGCGCUAUCUAAGCAACUGCACCCCAGAAGAUAUAUUCUCCCGCAUUUGAAACCAAAAAAAAAACGUACAAAUAACAGUGCAAAUAUUCCCAUUAUUGUUAUCGGUCGGUUAGUGGAACAACAGAAGAAAAAUUCUCAACUCAGAUAAAAAGCCGAUACGAAAGUGCAAUGUAAUAUUUGCCAGCUCUUGGAUACAAAAGCGAAACGAGCGUCUGAAACAAAUUUCGAGUGACCCUCUCCAAAGUGAAAUAUUUCCAUUUUUACAAAGUUACGAUAUAAUUAUCAUAAAAACACACUCACUCGUAAUUUGUAAAUAACCAAGAGACAAAGACGUCGUUAAACACACAAACGCAUUUUUUCCACCCAAUCCAAAUUAUGGUAAAUAGAGAACAAUUACCACCACCAACAACAAAGCGACGAAAUAUUUCAACCAACAACAACAACACAUCAUCAACAUCGACAAUUGUUCCGAGUCGAAACCAGACCACCUCCGCAAAAAUGUCUACCCGCCAAAAUUAUGUGUUCUUAGGUUUAGCCGUAUUGUUAGCAAUUGUAGCCACGGUCCAAUCGGGACCCGUCUCAACGACCACACAAGCUGAGAUAUAUUUAUCACAAUUUGGUUAUCUACCCGCCUCCGCCCGCAAUCCCGCCAAUGGUGGUCUCUUGGAUGCCAACACCUGGACCAAAGCUGUACAGGAUUUCCAGAGUUUUGCCGGCCUAAAUGUGACCGGUGAAUUGGACGACGAAACCAUGCGGCUAAUGUCAAUGCCACGUUGCGGUGUUCGUGACAAGGUUGGCUUCGGUACCGAUAGUCGUUCGAAGCGUUACGCUCUCCAGGGCAGCCGCUGGCGUGUCAAGGCUUUGACCUAUAAAAUUUCCAAAUAUCCUAAACGUUUGAAGAGAUCCGAUGUUGAUACUGAAGUUGCCAAGGCGUUCAGUGUGUGGAGUGAAUAUACCGAUUUGACCUUUACGCCCAAAGCGUCGGGACCCGUACAUAUUGAAAUCAAAUUUGUGGAAAGUGAACACGGUGAUGGCGAUGCUUUCGAUGGUGUUGGCGGUACCUUGGCCCAUGCCUUCUUCCCCGUCUUCGGGGGCGAUGCUCAUUUUGACGAUGCCGAACAAUGGACCGUAAACAGCCCACGUGGCACCAAUCUGUUCCAAGUGGCCGCCCAUGAAUUUGGCCACUCCUUGGGCUUGUCACAUUCCGAUGUACGCUCUGCCCUCAUGGCUCCAUUCUAUCGUGGCUAUGAACCUGUCUUCAAACUGGAUACCGAUGAUGUUUUGGCCAUACAGGCAUUGUAUGGUAAGAAGUCCACACAGAACGGCAAUGGUUUGAAUCCCACAAGUGGUGGUGCCUUCCCAAGGACAACACAGCGACCGGCUUUCACACCACCGCGGGCACCACGUGACGAUGUGAUUUGCAAGGAUCCCAAAAUUGAUGCCCUCUUCAAUUCAGCCGAAGGUCAGACAUAUGCCUUCAAGGGUAACAAAUACUAUAAGUUGACGGAGAAUUCCAUAGCUGAGGGUUAUCCCAAACUGAUUGCCGAAGGAUGGCCAGGAUUGCCCGGUGACAUUGAUGCCGCUUUUACCUAUAAAAAUGGCAAGACCUAUUUCUUCAAGGGUACCAAAUACUGGCGUUACAAUGGCCGCCAAAUGGAUGGUGACUAUCCCAAAGAGAUUAGCGAGGGCUUUACUGGCAUACCCGACCAUCUGGAUGCCGCCAUGGUUUGGGGCGGUAAUGGUAAAAUCUAUUUCUACAAGGGCAGUAAAUUCUGGCGCUUCGAUCCCCUUAAGAGACCACCGGUCAAAUCCAGCUAUCCCAAACCCAUUUCAAAUUGGGAGGGUUUGCCAAAUAGCCUAGAUGCCGCUCUACAGUAUACGAAUGGUUAUACCUACUUCUUUAAGGGUGAUAAAUACUAUCGGUUUAAUGAUAGGACAUUUGCAGUUGACUCUGCAGAUCCUCCAUUCCCCCGCCCCUCGGCCCAUUGGUGGUUCGGCUGCAAGAACACGCCCUCAUCAACAGGUAAUAUUGUGGAUAACUCAGAGGAAAAAGAGUCUGCCUCAUCAUUCUUUGAUUAUGAUAACGGUGAUAAUGUAUUCGAUGCAGGUGUUGAUGAUCAUCAAGCCCACGAUGAAGCCUCCGAAGCCGAUCGUUCUGUCAUGUCCAAUUCAGCGGAAUCGAUAAACAUUGGUGCACCGAUUUUGGCAACGCUUGCCAUGUUCUUGAUAACGAAAUUCAUUGUUAGCUAAAAGCAAAUUUUUUCGGGUAUUUUUAUUAUCAUCCUCAUUAUUGUUGUUGCUGUUUUUGUGGAUGAAGAUGAUGGUGGUGGUCGAGUAUCCAUCAUGCAUUGUUGCGUUGUUAUGUAAGCAAAUCUAGGAAACAUAAAAUAAGAAGCAAGCAAGAAAGAAAGAAAAACAUAAAUACAUACAUAGAUAAUAAUACAUUCAUCAGUGCAAGCGAAAGGAAACCCAAAAACCAUUGACGAAAAAAGCAAAUAUUAUGUAAACUGUAAAUAUUUAAAAACAACAACAAACAAAAUCAGAAAUAUGGCAAACAAGUGGAAAUAAAAUUCAGAAUUUUAUUAAAAAAAAAAUAUUCUAUUUUAAUUUUUUUAAUUUGAAUAAUAUGAAAUAGAUUCUGGAAAACCUGCUGAAAAAUGGAAGAUAUUUAAAUAUAUUUUUAG